ACUCCCGUAUAAACCGUAGCGAAGCGGAGUGUGUGCCUGUACCGCCGUACAAACUGACUUAUGAAACAUUUAAUAUAUUAUCGCAGAUGUGUUUGGAUUAAAAGUUAAUUUACGAAUGUAAACUGUCAUUCCAGAGGGGACUGUUCAUUCUGAAGAGGGGUUAUUGUGAUCGCAAUGAGGGGAUUACCCAGAGAUCCCAGCGCAGUGGGCGGAGUCUUUAUGGAUAAUGACGACUCCUCCCCCUGCAGUAGCCACACCUCUCAAGGGGAGGGGCCAGAUUACGAGCAUUUGGAGGACUUGCUGUCUGAGCAGGGAGUUGGGGCGGGGCUUAAUUUGGAUCUGGACAUAAGGGCGGAGCCUGAGGACAGUGUGCGGCUACAGGGGGAGGAGUUUAGCUGGGAGCUGCCCCAUCAGGACACGAAUGAACUGGAAGUACAGAAUAACCCCAGCGACAGUACAGCCAGUCCUAAACCAACAACAACAGCUCCAGCAUCAUCUCUGUCGGAGCAGCUCUUGCAGGGGCACAAGGAGGCGGGGUUAAACGUUGAGUGUCGUAUCUGUGCUGACAAAGCGUCUGGAUUCCACUACGGUGUUCAUGCCUGUGAGGGCUGCAAGGGCUUUUUCAGGAGGACGAUUCGUAUGAAGUUGGAAUAUGACCGAUGUGAUCGCAACUGUAAGAUUCACAAGAAAAGUCGCAAUAAAUGUCAGUUCUGUCGUUUUCAGAAGUGCCUGAUGCUCGGAAUGUCUCAUGAUGCGAUCCGAUAUGGACGGAUGCCAGAGGCUGAGAAACGGAAGCUUGUUGCGGGUCUGUUAGCUGGCGAGAAAAGCUCACCGAACUCAAGCGGUUCGGAUCUCAAAUCUCUCGCCAAACGGGUGAACAACGCCUACCUGAAGAACCUCAACAUGACCAAGAGGAAAGCGCGGAACAUUCUGACAGGGAAGACAAACGCGAGCCCGCCAUUUGUAAUUCACGACAUGGACUCGCUGUGGCAGGCGGAGAACGGUUUGGUCUGGAAUCAGGUGAUUAACGGCGCUCCGCCCAAUAAAGAGAUUGGCGUUCACGUGUUUUACCUCUGUCAGUGCAGUACAGUGGAGACCGUACGAGAACUCACCGAGUUCUCCAAAAGCAUCCCAGGAUUCGUCAACCUUUUCCUCAAUGACCAGGUGACGCUGUUGAAGUAUGGAGUCCAUGAAGCAAUCUUCGCAAUGCUUCCGUCGUUGAUGAAUAAGGACGGGCUGCUGGUGGCGAAUGGGCGGGGCUUUGUCACGAGAGAGUUUCUACGCAGCUUACGAAAACCCUUCAGUGAGAUUAUGGAGCCGAAGUUUGAGUUUGCGGUGAAGUUUAACGCUCUUGAGCUAGACGAUAGUGACCUUGCGCUGUUUGUGGCGGCUAUUAUUCUGUGUGGAGAUCGUCCAGGACUAAUGAACGUUCAUCAGGUUGAGGAGAUCCAGGACAACAUCUUACAAGCCCUGAAUCAGCACCUGCAGAUCAAUCACCCAGGCGCCAACUUCAUCUUCCCCAAACUGCUGCAGAAACUCACAGAUCUGCGACAGCUCGUGACAGAGAACGCACAACUGGUGCAGAAGAUCAAGAAGACCGAGUCAGAGACGUCACUACACCCACUGCUGCAGGAGAUCUACAGAGACAUGUACUGACUUCACCCAACAGACAUUACCCCACCUGGCCCUGAUCUAACCGAAUCCACCUGAUCCCACUGCUGCAGGGAUCUACAGGGAAGUGUAUUGACCCGACCCAACCCUGACCCAGAAUCCACCUGACCUGACCCGACACAACAAGACCUGACCAUUCCAACCCAGCCUGUCCUGGCUUUACCCCAAUUGGCCAUGAUCCUGGCCCUGAUCUAACCCAACCCCACUGCUGCAGGGAACCUACAGGGACAUCUACUGUCUCGACCAAGACCCAACCCUGACCGAGACAACAAUCAUUCCAGUUGAUCUAAAGGGACGUAAUUACCUGACCAAACUUGACUGGAACUGACCCAGCCUGACCUUACCUCACCUGGUCCUGAUCCUGAUCUAACCUGGCCCCAGAUCCACCUGACCCCACUGCUGCCAGUGAUCUACAGGGACAUGGACUGGCCCAACCCAGCCAACUCCAGGUGUGGUAAUCAGUGUCUUUACUCGCUGAGCUACCCAGGCCCCCUACCUGACCAAACUUGAUUGGAACAGACCCAGUCUGACCUGACCUUACCGCACUUGGCUCUGGUUUUGACCCUGACCUAACCCGACCCCAAAUCCACCUGACCCCCAUUGCUGCAGGAGAUCUACGGGGACAUGUAUUGACCCAAACUAACCCUGACACCAAAUCCACCCAAGCCAACAUAACCUGACUUUAGCUCAUCUGGCCCUGAUGCUUACCCUGACCUAACCCCACCCCUCUGCUGCAGGGGAUCUAGAGGGACAUGUACUGUCCUGACCCCAACCGACCCAAGACAACCUGACCUGAUCAUUUCAUUAGAUCUAAAGGAACGUACUUACCUGACCAAACUUGACUUGAGUAGACUCCGCAUGAGCUGACCUUACCCCACCUUGCCCUGGCCCCGGUCCUGACCUAACCAUGACCCCAAAUCUACCCAAGCCGACACCACCUGACCAGAUCAUUUCAAACCAUUCUGACAUCACCCCACCUGGCCCUGAUCCUGACCCUGAUCUAACCCUACCCCACUGCUGCAGGGGAUCUAGGGUCCCGUAAAAACAAGAAAAAUAUUAGAUUUUUUUGCAGUGAUCCAAAAGAACAUGUAAUGUAUUUACCCGACCCAACUUGAAUGUACCUGGCCUAACCUGACCGGACCCGCACCGAUGAUUCCAGGAGAUCUACUGGGACAUGUAGUAACCUAACUUGACCCAAUCCCAACCCUGAUUAUUCCAGAUAGAUCGACCAAUCACUGUGAACUUUAUAUAAGCUUGUAUAUUGUUACCGAUUGGUGAAGAUGUUUAUGAUGAACUGCAAACUUGCCUGGGUCACCGGCAAUGGGUCAAGGAGGUCUGACAGGUCAAUGACAUGCUUCAAAAUGUAAUGAGGCAAUAAAGACCUUCAUUACGCUGUUACCUGCCCUGCUGCUCAUACAAGACUGAUGAGCGGUCUCAUAUCUGCCUCACAACUGCCUCUAGAGAUGAGAACUGCUUUGACCAUCAAUGAGAGUAAUGAAGCAUGAUAUUGCUGAGAUCUUCCACAUGUGUCUUCACAGCUCCUGAACAAUUGACACACAGAAACAACUUGUUAACCUCAGACUGUGUAUUUCUCCAUGUGUAACGGUUUCUUCUUGAGCCUGUGAGAGAUGAUGCUAUGAUUUACAUUGACACAAGACUUCAGAUAAAGCUACACUGGCCGAUCUUGCACUUGGAUGUAGCCUCAAAGAAAAGCAAUGGUUUUCAGUCAUGAAUGUCAUUGUAGAAGUGUGCUUUCACAGUCAUCCAUGAUUCAUUUACUCGGUAUAUUUGGCUAGUCAUCUAGUCUCAACAUGACUGGAGUCUUCAUCUCAUGUGAAGUGCAUGUGAUUUUAAACAUGUGCAAAAGUACUAUGCAUUUCUUUUGGGGUAAAACUGCACCUUUAAUAUCUGAUAUUAAUGUUAUAUAAUAAGCGCUUAGUUAUAUUAGUUUCUCAAUCAGAGCUCCAUCAAAAGCAAACAGAACCACAUGUCCUUUUCAGUCUUUUUGUGUGUUGAAUGCAUGAUCAGUGUAUAUAUAGUAAUGUGUUACAUUUCUGCUGUAUCCAGUUUUACAUCCUAUAUGCUGAUGUGUCAUGGUCGUGCUGCUAACUCUAUUUUAUCGACAUGAAAUGUCUGUCUAUAGAUCAGAUGAGAUAACGUACAGUAUGACAUGCUGUGAAUAAGUGUGAUGUGUGUGUUCUGACUGGAGAACAGUUACAGGAGACGAGUGUUGAUUAAAUAUGUCCACAUCCUGCUGUCAGAGAGAACGUUGGUUCCAUCUGAACUGCGGCCCUGCGGGUCCUAGAGUGCAGGAUUCAAGACUGAUGAUGCUUCUGCUUCUGUAAAACAUCUUAAGAACAGCUGAAUAAAACUACAGGGUAAAACUCACACAAUACUCUUCUGCAUUGUUGUGUAAAUUUGUAAUGUCUCUAAUGUUCACAUAUGUAUAAUAAGGGGGCCAUGGGGUCAUUUGAAGGGUCACUGAUACUCUUUUGGGUCAUGAGGGUGUUUUUGAGGGCCAGAAUAGUGUUCCGAGGAAGAUUAAGUGUUUUUGAGGAUUAUUAAGGUGUUCUUGUUGAAUGUUUUUGAGAGUCACUUAUAUUCUUUUGGGACAUUAGGGUGUUUUUAAGGGCCAGUAUAGUGUUUUGAAGAUCAGUGAGUGUGUUUGGGGUGGCUGUAACUCAGGCGGUAGAGCGGGUCGGCCACUAAUCACAGGGCUGGCGGUUUGAUUCCCGGCCCACAUGACUCCACAUGCUGAAGUGUCCAAGUUGCUCCCAAUGGCAGACUAGCGCCUUGCAUGCAGCUCUGCCAUCGUGUGUGUGUGUGUGUGUGUGUGUGUGUGUGUGUGUGUGUGUGUGUGUGUGUGUGUGUGUGUGUGUGUGUGUGUGUGUGUGUGUGUGUGUGAAUGAGACAGUGUAAAGUGCUUUGGUAACCUCUAAGGUUAAAAAAGGCGCUAUAUAAGUGCAGAGCAUUUACAUUUUUUGAGGGUCAUUUUUCUCCCCAAUUUGUAACGCCCAAUUCCCAAUGCACUCUAAGUCCUUGUGGUGGCGUAGUGACUCGCCUCAAUCCGGGUGGCGGAGGAUGAAUCUGAUGAUGAGACCGUCAAUCCGCACAUCUUAUCACGUGACUUGUUGAGAGUGUUACCAUGGAGACGUAGCGCAUGUGGAGGCUUCACGCUAUUCUCCGCAGCAUCCACACACAACUCACCACACGCCCCACGAGCGAGAACCACAUUAUAGUGACCACGAGGAGGUUACCCCAUGUGACUCAUCCAUAUAAAUGAUGUAAAGUGCAUUUGAUCAGCCGUGAAACACUUUAUUAUGAUGUGUUCAUUCAUUCAGACAGAGAAGUACAUUUGAAAUGGAAAUAAUAAUAAUCAUUGUGUAAUUAUCAGCUUUAUGCUAAGCUAAAAUGCUACAUUGUAAAUAAGUGUUCUUUUGGUUAUGUAGUGUGUGAGUGAGUGAGUGUGUGUGUGUGUGUGUGUGUGUGUGUGAGUGUGAGUGUGUGUGUGUGUG